AUGACAUCGGUGCCUAAUUCUAUUACAUCUUCGGUUACAUCUACUGCAAGUAACCAAGUAUCAGCUUCUGUUGAUCGUAUGCGGAGGGAUAACAUCAAUGAAAGAAUCCAAGAAUUGUUAACGUUAAUACCAGUAGAUUUUUUCCAAGAAUACUAUAGGAACACAUCGAGCAAUGACUCGUCAUCCAAUUUAAAUGAAGGUACCAGUGGAUCGAACACACCUAAACUAAAAGGUACAGGUACAAAAGAUGGUAAACCUAAUAAGGGUCAAAUUCUUACACAAGCAGUUGAGUAUGUGUCAUAUUUGCAAAAUCAAAUUGAUACGAAGAACAGAGAAGAGGUCGAUCUAAUAGCCAAGAUCCAAGAACUUAGUAAGAAGAAAGGCCAUAUAGUGAAUGACAUCAAUUUAGAUCAUACAAGUGCAGAAGAGAUGUUGGCUAAAAUAGGUGUGGGUCCAUUGAGUGAGCAAUAUGAAUCGAAUGAGGCUAGUUCAACCCCACAACAAAUAGGACAGCAA